CUUCAAAGUCGAACCACCACUUCCAAGCUACCAUCACCCUUCAUACCCUACCCACGCGUAACAAAUCAAAAUGUCAGGAGCAGCAGGAAAGGUCGCAGCGCAAUUCGGCAAGGCCGCUGGUAACAGCGCCAGUGCAGGCGUCGUUUCGAAGGGCGCAAAAAGAGAUCCCGAGCUUUAUGUACGGGACUUUGACCUAUUCGUUCUAUGCAACAACUAAUCACCUCCAACAGAUCUUGGGAGCUAUCAUGGGUGGUGCUUUUGGUUUGGCAGGAUAUUAUUUCGGUUCGAGCCCCACCUUUUUGACUUGUAAGACAUCAAUUGACCUCAUUCAGGCUCAAAGCCAACAUCCUCCACUUCCGAAUCGACUGUCAACGUUGCGGGUAUGCCAUGGCAAAAGGAGCCUUCCAAGGGAGAUGCGGCUAGAGAGGAUUUCAAAGUGAGUUUUACUGGGGAAGUGCUGGAUGGUUGAUAAAAUGCUGCAUGCGUCUCAUAACAUCCGGCACACUCCGCUCAUUGGAUAUUUUUUGAACGAGUAAUGCUAACUUCCUUUUAGUACUCUUAUCACCCAGUUUGUUACCUCUAUAUCCUGAGAAAAGGUCGGUCGUCUAAUACAUAUCUAGGGCGGAGACCCAAGAAACCCACCAAAGGAGGCACCAAGCGCACUGCACUCUGUGAUUGUUCCAAACGUCAACUUGCCAAAGGUAUGGGGAUAUACUUUUCAAUCUAAUACUCUUUACGCAAAGAACCUUUUCCUUUUUGCCAUUUUCGGAAUACGAGAUGAUGGCAACUUGGUUUGGGGUGGAGAGGUUGAUUGAGAGCAUGUACUAAUUCAUUUCUACCCACAUAGGAGCUACACGAGAAGUACAACAAAUGGGGCAAGGACGGUUACUAGACGCUUUGGAUAAGGCUGAGAAGAGGUUGCGGAGAUGGGUGGAAGUUCCAGUUGUAGAUAAGUUAGAA